GUCCAAUUUGCGCAAAUAUAAAAUUUACUCUACUCUGGCAGCAUUGAGACAUCCGCACCUGCAUUUGCUUAUUUCGUACUGAGUGUCCUUCACUUUUAAUAGUGACAUUUAAAAUCUUUUUAAGUUAAAAAUGGAUACUGAUUUAUAUGAUGAGUUUGGAAAUUAUAUUGGACCGGAUCUUUUAUCAGAUGAAGAAGGGGAGGGUUUUUUGGAGAGUGCUGAAGAUGAAGACAUAGAGAAUAAUGUUGAUCAUGAAGAAAUGAAUGGUGAAAUACAGGAAGAAAGCUUGGCCGUUGUUCUUCAUGAAGAUAAAAAAUACUACCCAAGUGCAUUAGAAGUUUACGGUCCUGAAGUUGAAACUUUGGUACAAGAGGAGGAUGCCCAGCCGUUAACACAACCUCUUAUAGAACCUAUUCAGCGUAAAAAGUUUGCUUAUUCUGAAGCUUCAAUCCCGGCAACUACUUACGAUCCGGAAUUUCUGGCUGAUCUUAUGGAUUGUCCUGACCUAAUUCGUAAUGUAGCUCUUUGUGGACAUCUUCAUCAUGGCAAGACGUCCUUAGUAGAUUGCUUGAUAGAGGUUACUCAUCCUGAUAUUGAAGCAAAAGAAGACAAAAAUCUGAGGUACACCGACUUUCUACACAUGGAAGUGGAAAGAGGAUUAAGCAUAAAAUCUACUCCAGUUACCAUGGUGCUUGGUAACUUACAUGAGAAGUCGUACCUAUUUAACAUUCUGGAUACUCCAGGUCACGUGAAUUUCUCCGACGAAGUAACAGCUGCUUUUCGACUAGUUGAUGGAAUUUGUUUAAUGGUUGAUGUCACUGAAGGUAUACUUUUGAACACUGAACGUAUUCUGAAGCACGCGUUGCAAGAGCGUUUACCAGUGACACUAUGCAUCAAUAAGAUAGAUCGUCUUAUAAUUGAAUUGAAAUUACCCCCAAUGGAUGCCUACUACAAAAUUAAGCAUAUAAUUGAUGAGGUGAAUUCAAUACUUUUAACCUACUUUGAAGGCGCAGGUACUACAGAUGACACUCAAUCUACUGUCAGCCCGUUAUUAGGAAAUGUGUGUUUUGCGAGUACAUAUUACCGUUUUUGCUUUACUUUGGAAUCAUUUGCAAAAAUCUAUAUGGAUACAUUUGUUAAUGGGAUGGAUUACAAAGAGUUUGCUAAACGUUUAUGGGGUGAUAUAUACUAUAAUUCUAAAACACGUCGGUUUCAAAAGCGCCCACCCACCCCAAGUUCUCAAAGAACGUUUGUGGAUUUCAUUCUUGAGCCUUUAUACAAAAUUUUCGCCCAAACUGUUGGCGACGUUGACACUCAUUUACCGUCACUGUCUACAGAAUUGGGUAUCUAUUUGACAAAAUCUGAGAUGAAGAUGAAUAUACGCCCUCUUCUACGUUUGAUUUUCAAACGGUUCUUUGGUGAUUUCUCGGGAUUUGUGCAUAUGUGUGUGGAACAUAUACCAAGUCCACGUAAAUCAGCCCUGACAAAAGUGGAAUCAACGUAUACUGGCGCAUUAGACAAUGAUCUCGCAAAUGCUAUGAUCAAAUGCAAUAUGGAUUAUGAAAAAGUUAUGGUUCAUACUACUAAGUUGUAUCCAGAUCAAGAAGCUAUUUCUUUCCAUGCUUUCGGACGUGUCAUGUGUGGUACAUUAUUCGCUGGUCAAACUGUUCGUGUCUUAGGGGAAAAUUAUACACUAGCUGACGAAGAAGAUUCUCGACCAGCUACAGUAGGUCGUUUAUGGGUGUCUGUUGCACGUUAUCGGUUAGAGGUUAACCGUGUGCCCGCUGGUAAUUGGGUUUUGAUUGAAGGAGUGGAUCAUCCUAUCGUAAAAACAGCCACAUUGACAUCAAUGAAUGCUCAUGGUGCGCAGAUCUUUAGACCUCUCAAUUUUAACACUGCCUCAGUUGUUAAGAUCGCAGUUGAACCUGCCAAUCCUUCUGAGCUGCCAAAAUUAUUAGAUGGUCUUAGAAAAGUCAACAAGAGUUAUCCUCUAUUGGCAACUAAGGUUGAAGAAUCUGGUGAACGUGUAAUACGUGGCACAGGAGAACUAUACUUGGACUGUGUUAUGCAUGAUUUGCGAAAACUUUACUCUGAUAUUGAUGUGAAGGUUGCUGAUCCUGUCGUUGCUUUUUGCGAGACAGUUGUAGAAACUUCCUCGCUGAAGUGUUUUGCGGAAACACCAAAUAAGAAAAAUAAGUUGACCAUGAUUGCUGAACCAUUGGAUAAAGGUCUGGCGGAAGAUAUUGAGAAUAAAGUCGUUCAUAUUAGCUGGCCAAAAAAGCGUCUUGGGGACUUCUUUCAGAAAAAGUAUGACUGGGACUUACUUGCAUCCAGAUCUAUAUGGGCUUUCGGGCCAGAUACCACCGGUCCAAAUAUAUUAAUGGACGACACACUGCCAUCGGAAGUCGAUAAAAACCUACUGUUUAAUGUUAAAGACUACAUCGUGCAGGGUUUCCAAUGGGGUACACGUGAAGGCCCACUUUGUGACGAACCAAUCAGGAAUGUAAAAUUCAAGAUAUUGGAUGCCCUUAUUUCCGGUGAAGCACAUCAACGAGGUUCUGGACAAAUAAUCCCAACUGCCCGUAGAGUCGCUUACUCUGCUUUUCUUAUGGCUACACCACGUUUAAUGGAGCCUUAUUACUUGGUUGAGGUACAAGCACCUGCAGACUGUGUUUCAGCAGUUUAUACUGUGCUCGCUCGUCGACGAGGGCACGUAACACACGAUGCACCCAUAUCUGGAUCUCCGUUAUAUGUUAUUCGAGCAUUCGUCCCUGUUAUUGAUUCGUUCGGUUUUGAAACGGAUCUCCGAACACAUUCUCAAGGUCAGGCGUUCUGUAUGCUUGUCUUCAAUCACUGGCAAAUGGUUCCAGGAGAUCCACUCGACCGUUCAAUCCAGAUACAGCCUUUGGUCCCACAACCUGCUACUCAUCUGGCACGAGAGUUUAUGAUUAAGACUCGUAGAAGAAAGGGUUUGAAUGAAGAUGUCAGUAUCAAUAAAUUCUUUGACGACCCGAUGUUACUGGAGUUAGCCAGACAAGACGUGAUGCUUAACUAUGCACUCUAAAUUUGUACAGUUUUUUUAUGAUAACGCAUUGUACUUUCAAAUUACACAUUAUUCGGAAGUUGUUUCCAUAUUUUUCUUCAUCCGUCACAUAAUUAGUUUUUUUAAUUAACAACGUUUCCCUUAACCUCAGGGCUUUAUGGAAAAUCCAAAUCUUUCCAUCAAAUUCUUGAAUGGAUGGAAUAAUAUCACUAUGUACUUCUUGUGAAAGCCCGAUCGGUUCAAUUAAUUUCGAUUACAUAAUGCUAAGUUUGAGAAAAAAAGUCUG